AUGGACGUGUUUGAAGAAAUGGUUUUGGAAAUAGUUUCCUGGCUUCCGGCAAAAAGUAUUUGUAAGUUCAAAUCAACUUGCCAUUCAUUCUCUAAUUUUUCAAAAGAAAUUCUUUUCAAAACAAAACAAUCUCAAAAUUUGUUUGAGAGAGGUGACACAUGUUUUUUCAUUCAGCCCGAUCAAAUAAAUCAAAGAUACAAUAAAAAGGUAGAAUUUCAGUCUUUACCCAAACACCAACAAUAUUCUGGUAUUCCUAAUCAUGUUUUAAGUUUUCUCUCAAAUUCCAUUUGUGUCCUAGAUUCUAGUAAUGGUUUGCUUCUUUGUAACAUUAUCAAUAAUGAUCCUAUUAAUAUUUUCAUAUGCAAUCCAAUUACAAAGUCUUGGUUUCCUAUUCCUAUUCCAGAGUCACUUCAAAAAAACCACAAGCUUGCAAAUAUGAAUAUAAUGUUAGAAUGCUCUUUAGAUGACUACAAAGUGUUUCUCUUUGAAAAUACAUCAGACUGGUUUCUAGCUUGUUAUGUUUGCAAUGUUUAUUAUGCGAAGGAAGGUGUGUGGCAAACUAUGGAAAACAAUUUUUUACCCGGUGGUAGGAGCAUGAAGUUCGACAUGCAUGUGUUUCAUAAAGGAUCGCUUCAUUUUAUUUCAGAUAGCGGAUGUUACUUGUCAAGAUCAAGUUCGUUUUAUAAGCCGUAUAUAAUGUCUUAUAAUCUGGAUAAUGGGAUCUCAUGUAUGCUAAAGUUGCCAAGACAAGCUCUAAAAGGUUGUCAUAUGAAGUGUAACAUGGGCAUAUUCAAUUGGGGUAAGGUGAAUAGUUCUUAUAGUUCUAUUUGUUUGGUAAAACUAAGAAAGUGUGUCAUUACUGUUUGGUUUUUAAAAGAUUAUGAUUCAAGUUUAUGGAAAAAGGUUUUGAAGGUAAGAGUGAGAGCGUUGGGAUUGACGGAGAAAGAUCCUAAUGUUACAGGAUUUACCAUUAUGAACGGAAAUCUUUUAGUUUUUUCGACAGAAGAAAAAAUAUAUUCUUGUGGUUUAGAUGAUGAAAACUUUAUGAUGGUGGAAGAAAUAUGCCAACAUAAUUGUGGAUUUUACACCCGCUUUAUCUCCUACUCAGAUACUCUUCGUUCGUGUGGAACUAAUUCUGAAAUUAUGCCUGUUAGGAAUUGA